CCCGCCGGAACGGGCCCGCGGAGCGCGGGGGCAGCCUGCGGACCCGAGACCUCCGCCGCUCGCCCCGGCCCAGCCCGCGUCGCCUCGAGCCGACGGGGGCCGUGACGCCCGGGGAUCCGCUCUCGACCCGUGCGGGCCGCACCGCCGCGGUACCUGGCCGUCCUUUGCGGGUCUGGGAGGUCCGGAAGGUUCCCAUCUCGAGCCUCUCGACCGCCCAGGGCUGCGGGCAGGGGACAGAGGCGGUGGACGGCUCGCACGGGGAGUCUGGGGACGACUCGUCCUUCGUCGCCCCUCUCGUUUGCUCCGAACCAUUGCUGGGAAUAUUGUCCGGGUCCGUGGACUUUCCCGACUCUGGCCUUGGGAGAGGCAGGAACAGAGGUGGGAGGAGGAAAUGCUGGCGGCUCGGCAUUCUUUGGGCAAUUCAUCCUGAAGUGUGGAGUGCCCUUUUAGUGGUAGAAUACAAAGUUUAAUGAAAAAUCCAUGCCUACGGGGUGAAAAUGGCAGGCUUCCUUGAUAAUUUCCGCUGGCCAGAAUGCGAAUGCAUUGACUGGAGCGAGAGGCGAAACGCCGUGGCUUCUGUGGUGGCGGGCAUAUUGUUUUUUACAGGUUGGUGGAUAAUGAUCGACGCGGCCGUGGUGUACCCUAAGCCAGAGCAGCUGAACCAUGCCUUUCACACGUGUGGCGUGUUCUCCACCUUGGCUUUCUUCAUGAUAAAUGCUGUGUCCAAUGCUCAGGUGCGGGGGGACAGCUAUGAAAGCGGCUGCUUGGGAAGAACAGGUGCUCGAGUUUGGCUCUUCAUUGGUUUCAUGUUGAUGUUCGGGUCACUUAUUGCUUCCAUGUGGAUUCUUUUUGGUGCAUAUGUCACCCAAAAUACCGAUGUUUAUCCAGGACUAGCUGUGUUUUUUCAAAAUGCACUUAUAUUUUUUAGUACUCUCAUCUACAAAUUUGGAAGAACUGAAGAGUUGUGGACCUGAGAACACAUCUUAGAUCGCAUUUCCUUCUGUUUUGUUAUAUUUGUAGAUAAGUUUUUCUCUCUCAACAUAAUUUACACAUUGCCAAAUGGGAUAGUUUGUACAUUAAAUGUUUCAUUUCUUUACAUUUUUAUGCUCUGAGUUUGGAAAUAGUUUUAUGAGGUUUCUGUCCUUUUUUAAAAUCAUUGAAUAGAUUGUUAAUAUGUACAUAAUACAAAACCAUAUAGAUGGCAUGAUGAGUGUCAGUUUUUUAUUCCUGAAGACUUAAAGCUUCAUCUGUUCCCUGAGCCAGGGUUGUAUCUUCAUGUCAUUUUAGAGUUAACUGUUUUGUUUUAAUUUCUGAAGAUGUACAAAA